AUGGCUGAGUUAGCUGAUGGCAUGAGCCGGGAUUGUUUUGGUGUGCGAGAAGAGCAAUCGAGUGGUAUACCCAGCAGUCAGGUCUCUGUACGAGUCCUCGCGCUGAUCGGAGACCAGAGGUACCUCCAUCCGCCAGCGCCGUCGAGGGCAGCUGGUGCGUACCUCGCGUCCCUUGGCGACGAGAACCUGGGCCACGGAGCCGGGGUGUGCGCCACACGUCCCAAAGAAGCGCAAGCUCUCCAGUCUUUCUAUAUUGCAGUGGGGUCUGCUAGUCGCCAAGCUGCACGGGCGUCUUGCGUCUCUUGGGGGGCGUGUAUCAUCAUUCGCUGCCCAUUGAUUUGGUUGGCACACGGCCUGCGGGCCAAAUCUAUCGGUGAUACCAGGAGCGGCCCAACAGCCCGUGCUCCUGUUCCCUGCCGCUAUUUCGCUGUGGGCUCGUUCUGGCCAGACGGUACGGGCUGGGACUGGCUGGACGCUGGCCAUGGAGGGAGGGCCGCGGGCUGUGAGUGGCCGGGCUGGCAGGCGGAUAGUGAGCCAUGCGUUGCCGGUAUUGCUGUGCUGGGAGCCGCGUUGGAUGGGUUUCGAAAGCCUUGGGUCUUGGGUUGUGGUGGUGUCGAUGCAACGGCGACCCAGUUUGGACCAGCAAGUCAUCUAGCAAACCAGAGGCUCCGUGCACAAGAGCCUCCAUUGCACAACGGCAAGCACAAGCACAAGCACAAGCAUGGACUGAUUGACCAACCUGCAUCCGCAUCGGAUAGCAAGCCUGCCUCUCUCUUGUCCCAGUCCCGUCCCAGCCAGCGCCUCGUGGAGAGAAGAACAAGCCCCCCGGCGGCUGCACCCAAUCCCAGCAUCUCGUUACCUGCGUCUCAGGUCUAG